AUGAAGGGCUUGUUCAAAAAGUCCAUCAAGUCGCUGAAGAAGCCUGGAAACGAUGGGGCAGCAGUUGGGCUCCAUGUUUCAACCCCGCCGGCGCCUUCUCCAGAAGCUCCAUCUCAAGCUAACGAUGAUCUCGACAUCUCAUCAGAUGACUACACACAGCAACUCCAACUGGCAUCACAAAAGCUUCAGAAAUCAAUCCAGCGAUAUCGCGAACGGAAUUCAAAAGGCGCACAUGGAGUCUUGUUUGAUGCGGGGCUGAGUUCACUGCGACUUCGAGUCCAGAGCAACUCGCGAACCUAA